AUGGUGAUCAACAAGAGACACGUGAGCGGGAAACGUCAGAGAAGGUUCAUAAAAAUUCGGGUUCCAAUUCAAACUUUUUCAGUCUCCAGUUGGGGUCAGUCGACGGCUGUUACAACCUGAAGGAAUGACUGCUGAGAUCGCCUCCACUAAUGGGAUCAUUGAGAAAAAAGUGAAGGAGGGGAUACAUCACGAGUUCGAGUAAGUUUAUCUUUUGGAAAGUUAUGUGAUUCGAUUGUCAUUAUUAUCGACCAGCCGGUCGAUUCCCAGUCUCCAUGUGUCGUCCGCCGAGAAAUCCACAAGUUACUACCCCUCGAGUCCCGAAGUACAGCAAUCCUUUUUAAAUCAACAUUUUUAGUCCUAAAAAUUACGAUCAUGUCUACGAAUUGGCGAUGACGAUUCAGAAGUUGGCGAAUCUCGAGGUCCAUCCAACAGUCGGCAUCAUCUGUGGCUCUGGGCUUGGAGACCUGGCUGAUCUGAUCGAGAAUCCCACCAUCAUCCCCUACAGUAGGAUCCCCGGAUUUCCAAUUCCAAGUGGUAGGUGUGACUAAGCAAGUAUUCUAAUUGGUCAUUCCUUGCUGAUACCAUGAUUUUAGUUGUCGGACACAAGGGAAAUCUGGUCUUUGGAGAGCUCUGCGGGAAGCAAGUCAUGUGCCUUCAGGGCCGAUUUCAUCCAUACGAACAUGAUAUGAAUCUGGCGCUGGUAAGUGCAAUAUAACCAUAAAAUGUAUCUUUUUCAGUGUACCGUUCCUGUCAGAAUAAUGCAUAUUCUUGGAUGCAAGACUCUGCUAGUCUCAAAUGCUGCCGGAGGCAUUAAUUCUGCCUUCCAUUAUGGGGAUCUGAUGGUGAUUAAAGAUCACAUUUUCAUGCCCGGAUUGAGUGGAUUCGGCCCUUUGGUUGGUCUAAAUGAUCCAAGGUUUGGCCCCAGAUUUGUCUCUAUUCACGAUGCUUAUGAUCUUAAACUAAGGUAAGGCUAAAUAUAUACAUACAUUAAAUAUUGUUUUUUAGGAAGAAUGCGUUGAAGAUUGCCGAAGAACAGGGUAUUCGGGUUCAUGAAGGAGUAUAUUGUAUGUCGGCUGGACCCCAAUAUGAGACCCCAUCCGAAGUUAAAUUGUACAAAGUAGUGGGGGCUGAUGCUCUGGGAAUGUCUACUUGUCACGAAGUUACGGUAGCCAGGCAGUGUGGAAUGAGAGUCUUUGGAUUCUCUUUGAUUACAAAUAUGUAAGUCUUCAGUACUAAUUCUUACAUUUCCCUAUUUACAGCGCUAAUCAGGAUGUGGAUAACUCGGUGGAAGUGUCUCAUCAAGAAGUUCUGGACACGGCCCGUGCUGCCAGUGAUCGGGCUUGCAAAUUCGUAUCUCAGAUUAUUGCGGACCUUUGA